CGGUAUUAAUUUCCUUGCAAAGAAACUCAGCUGGCAUUAUCUAGUAACAAAUUGAAUAACAGCAGUAAACAAGCCGACAACAGUUUUCUUAGCAGCAAAAUUGAGAAAAAACCAAUAUAUUAAAAAUGGGUGAUCGUUAUAAUAUUCAUAGUCAGUUGGAACAUUUACAAAGUAAAUAUAUUGGUACUGGUCAUGCCGACACCACAAAAUAUGAGUGGUUAACAAAUCAGCAUCGUGAUUCCUUGGCCAGCUACAUGGGACACUAUGAUAUGCAAAAUUAUUUUGCCAUUGCUUUAAACGAGACAAAAGGAAGAGUAAGAUUUGAUUUAAUGGAACGCAUGCUGCAACCGUGUGGACCACCGCCAGAAAAACCUGAAGAAUAAUGUAUUUGCAUAGAAAAAUAAAGAAUAAAUAAAAAAGAAAA